AAUACCUAAUCAGUCACCUCUGGAGUAAACUGCCCUCUCUCCCCAUUGACUUUGUCUUUGCACACCAAAUUCCGUCCCUAGCACCUGGACAUCGCACUUCCCACUCCUACUUGCCUUGACUUCCAAACUAUCAACAUCGUCUGCACUGUCGGCCCACCGCAUCAGAACUGCACCGUGUGUCUUCACUCAACCUCAGCCUCCGCUUCUUACUCACCUCACCUCUCCCACCUCGACUCCUAUCGCUGGUCAUUAUCAACAAGACCACGCAUCCUCUUCCAUCCCUUCCUCGCCGUCCUUGGACAUACAUCCUUGUUUCGUGGUCCAUCUCGACUGCGACCUUAUCCCUCCCCUCCACCCUCCUCCUCUUCCUUCCCUCGCCAUGAUCGCGACCCUCCGACCUCCCUUUCACCUUAUCACGAUCCGUGUCUGUUAAUGAUUGGUCCUGCACUUUGCACAUCACAGUCGCAGCCUCAUUAAACAGGCUUGAAAUUUAUCGUCACUCGUCGCUGGUUCGACCUGUGCCAAACAUCGUUCCUCGAGAUUUCACUUGCUCUGCCUAGAUCAUUGCCAGCGAUUCAACUCGUCACAACAACAGGCCUCGUUGCGCCUCACCUCGUGGUUCCUCCAUCGAUGCAAUAAUAUUCGACUUGCUCGAGCUGCCUGUUGACUGCUACCCGUCACCGUCACCGCUGUCUCGAUUUCUUCACUUUUACACUGAUAGAUCAAUUUCUGACUGAGUUGUUCUCUGCUCUCCUUCAACCACCAGUCCAUCUCUGCUAGAUCUGGUGCUGCCACCCCACGACGCCGCGAACUUGGUGGAACAACAAUGUCUACCGAUGCGAUGCAGUCCUCGAGGCAAUAUCGUCAGGUCCCUACCACCUCAUCCUAUGCCACCCCACAAGAUCUUCAGUUCGAUCACUCUCAGAUGGAUGCCCAAGGCUAUUAUUCAGGCCAAAAUUAUUAUCCUCCUCAGCCCACAAGUGAUCAUUCACGAUACACGCCUCAGGAUGAGCAAAUACCACCUGGCGCUUCAUACGACGUUGUUACCACUUUGCCUUAUCACAGUCGGUCACAAUCUGCUGCUCAUGACCAGUACGACGGUGCCCCAAUCCCACCUCCAAGAAUAUCUUCUCAGCAACAAAACUCGCCUCGCGCCCCUGCUCCCUCGACCGCUCCUUUAGAAGCAAGAGUUGCUGCGUCGCGCCAUACGAGACAGGUCAACACUGAGCCACAAUCUGCUCGUUCCCGCCAUCAAAACAUGGAUCAUCAGGACGAAUACAAAGAUCUUCCACUCGAGAAUCCUGCCACAUCCGCCGCUUCGGCUGCCAGGAGCAGGCGGAGGGGUCCACCUAGCCCUGAUAGCUCACAAGGCAUCUCUGCAAAUGCCAGGGAGGCGGCCCAGUACCCUUCUGUCAAGCACAGUCGACCUGAACCUCACAUGCCGUCUCCUGGUCCUCCGGGCUCUCUUGUCCGUGAACACAGCGAGGUGAUCAACCGCGUCGUCGUCUCCGACCCUCAGGUGGACGCACAACGAUUGCAAGAGAGAGUUGCCGAAGCUCAACCCGCGCCCAUCGCCGCCGAACCUACACUCCCCGAUCCCUCCCUCGAUGAUGUUCUGCCAGCUUCUGGCCCACAGCGACGACAGGACUAUUCCAAAUCACGCAGGAAGGAUGUCCAAUUUGGAGAUUACAUGUUGGGUCAAACACUCGGCGAGGGUGAGUUCGGAAAGGUCAAGCUGGGAUGGAAGAAAGACGGCACUUCCCAAGUGGCCAUCAAACUCAUCCGCCGAGAAACAGUCGCUUCCAAUCCCUCGCGUCUUCCCAAGAUUUAUCGCGAAAUCUCAAUUCUGAGAGAUCUUGCUCACCCAAACAUUGUCCGCCUUCACGAAAUGGUGGAAACGGAACGUCACAUUGGGAUCAUUCUCGAGUAUGCCUCUGGCGGUGAAUUGUUCGAUUACAUCUUGAACAAUCGAUAUCUCAAGGACCCUGCCGCUCGACGACUUUUUGCGCAAUUAGUCUCAGGUGUAGGCUACCUACACAAGAAGGGCAUAGUUCAUCGUGAUCUGAAGUUGGAAAAUCUGCUCCUUGACCAGAACAAGAACAUCAUCAUCACCGAUUUUGGCUUCGCCAACAACUUUGAUCCAAAAGACGAGCUUGCCGACGAGAUAGUGUACAAUCUCGGCAACAAAGACUUUGUCAGAAAGUACAAACUUGAUCGUUUGGAUGCCCGGGGUAUGCGAAGAGGAGACCUGAUGCAAACGAGCUGUGGGAGUCCUUGCUACGCAGCCCCCGAACUUGUCGUCAGCGACUCAUUGUACACCGGCAAAAAGGUCGAUGUGUGGAGUUGUGGCGUCAUUCUGUAUGCAAUGUUGGCUGGAUACCUGCCCUUUGAUGAUGACCCGGCCAACCCUGAAGGCGACAACAUUAACCUGCUGUAUAAAUACAUCACCACUACACCGUUGACCUUCCCUGAAUAUGUGACACCACACGCCCGAGACCUUCUCCGACGAAUUCUGGUGCCCGAUCCUCGCAAGCGAGCUGAUCUUUUCGAGGUUGCUCGCCACAGCUGGCUGAGCGAGUACCAUCAUGUUGUGUCCCACAUUACUAGCAGUACCACCAACGUGGCUGAUAUUGCCCACACCACCGUACCAGCUGAAGAUGAACCACCCACUCUCAACAGGAGUGCUUCGGUUCGAGAGGGACCCUCGAGAUCCCAUGCAGCCUCUCCAGGUACCCUGGCACGCGCCCAAGAAGGCUUGCUACAAGACGAUGAGAGCUCCAACGCCUCUCGCCGAGGGCCCGCGUCUCGCCACACCUUGCAGCCAGAAUACGUUGCACCCCAGACUCAUACAGCUCGUACUAAGCCUGUGGUGGCUUCCACGGCUACUAGUCGAAGCCAAGCGCAGGAUGGCUGGCAUCCCGAGAAUGCGAAUAAACCACUGCCACAGGAGCCUCCCACUCAGCAAUCCAUGAAACCCCCAACACGGCCGGCCCGCGACAUUCCUCGGUCGGUAUCGGACUCGACAAGUGCAUUCGGCACUGCACCAAUCGUAGCGGCUCAAAGUGGACAGUACACGACUAGGCCAAGCACCCAGGGAUCAUUGACCUCAGCAAGUGGACCGACACGAUCGGACCUUCGGCUGCCCUCUCGAGGAUCUUACGGCCAACCGGUGGCACCCACGGUUGCCACGACCAACGCUCAAGGACGAGUGACACAGCCAAGCAAGCCUGGGCGAGGAUACAACAUCUCUGGGCCCCUGCCUUCCCCUGGAGCACAAGGUUCGAUCGGGCAGCCCACGACAACGCCAAUGCCACCUCCUAACUCCCAUCAAGCACAGAAGAGCCAUCACCGACGAUCGAGCACAUUAAGCGGGCUUGGAGAGCGUAUCUUUGGACGAUCAAAUUCGGUGGUCAAGAAAGAUGGCGAUCGACAACGAAACGGACGCAAGUAUCCUCCAACCAGCAUGAAAGAGUACCCUCCAGAGGGAGGAGCUCGAAUGUCGACAGACUCAAGACGAUCAUUCUCCUUCGGUUUGGGCAAGAAACGAAGCACAGAAUUGGAAUCACCAGUUCAGACGGAAAAAUCGGUACGGCGAAUUUCACUUCUUCCUAACUCAAUGUCGUUCAAAGGUCUGAUGGGUGGUUUCAAGGAGGAUAACUCUAAGCCUUCGACACCGCUAAGCUCAACACGUCCGGAUUCGAUGAACCCGCAGAUUGCAGGCCACGAUGGAACGUAUGAUUCGCGACCGACCCAAUACAGCAAUUUCUCACGACCCCCACAAUCGCGGUAUUCUCAGCCUCCCCCACCGACAGCCUCGGCUUCUAACGAUGUGUAUGGGGGCACUGGAAUCUAUCAACCUCAAGGAAGAGCGCCUCAUCAUCGACAACAGAGUGAACCCAUGGCACAGCUGGUGGGUCGCAGUGGGACUGAAACAGAGCAGCCAGGUCGGCCAUCAAUGCAACAAGGCCGGCAAGGCCGUGGGGUCCUCGUCAAGAAUAAUCGCAAAUUCACUGAGGCGUAUGACAAUGAGCACGGACCGACACAUCACGCUGGUCGAUCUGGAGCGGUGAAGAAAGUGCAAGACUUCUUCCGACGACGCCGGACUCCUGUGGACGGGGAGUAUCGAUGAGGUCGCGGGGAAGGCGUGAACAACAUGUUUUAAUUUCAUAAUUCCAACGAACUUUUUCUAACGAGUGCUUUGGAGCUGACAAAGGGUAUGUCUUGUAAUGAAUGGUCGCGGCGCCGAGGCAGCGAAUUCAUUCGUCGCGUGCAAUGAGGCACAGCUCUUGUCUUUUUUGACGGGGAAUCAUUUCAAGCAUACCAGGACGGAUUGGUAGUGAGUUCUAGGGUCGGUUGUGUGGAAGUGAAGCAGAAGCAACGGCGUUUUUAGUUGAUUGGGAACGGAAACGCUUUGAUAGAAGCUUGUUGAGUGGCUAUUGCAAACUAAUCAGCCUGGGAUACCCUUACAUAGCAGUCAGUGUAUGAGAAGAAUUGCAUUUCGAUC